UAAAUUUACCUUUAAUUUUAUAUUUAUUUAAAACAUACCUCUUUUUAUAUGUAUUGUACCCAAAAUACUCUCACAUAAGAGAGUCAUAUGGAGAGUAUCUUGAAAUGACAGGGGUGAAAUUAGUACAAUAGUAUUUUAAAAAAGAGAUAAAAAUGAUAGACUUUAAAAAAGAAGGUAAAAAUAAAAGAGAACAAUAUAAAAACUGUAUAGAGUGUAGUUUCCGCAAUUUGGAAAUGGGUCAUCCCCUUCCAUUAUUCAACAAAUGGGCUGUAUGGGCCUUAAAAGUGCGUUCCUGGUACUUACUUAUGGGCCCACUAGUCCAGUCUGAGGCCCAGAAUGUUAAAAUCACAUUGAAAGGUCCAACGGAGAGAGAGGCUUUGAGUUCCGAUCUCCAUUUACUUCCAAAAUCCACAGACGGUGUGGUUUGUGUGGUUGGUGUAGAGAGAGAGAGAGAGAGGACCAGAGAACGGAAGAGAAGAGAGAGAGAAGCACGAAUCCCAACCCUAAUGGCGUUGCGGAGUCUCGCACUACCUCUGGCUUCAGCUCCGGCGGUCUCCCCAAGGUCGUCUUCUUCUUCGUCAUCAACUUCAUCAUCAUCUUCAUCUUCUUCCUUUUUUUCGUCUACCAACUGUCGCAAUAGUUCUCUUACUCCAACACCGUUCCAUGGCCGCCGGCAAUUCCCUGUAGUAUUCUCCAACCGUCGAUUUCCAAGUCAUGUAGUUCGAAUGGCUCCCGAUGAGGAAAAGAUGACUCGCCGCUCUCCGCUUGAUUUCCCUAUUGAAUGGGAAAGACCCAAGCCCGGAAGGAGACCAGAUAUAUUUCCUCAAUUCGCCCCCAUGAAAACGCCUAUGCCUAUUCCAAUGCCAGCAGAUCCUCCGGAAGAAGACGAGGAAGAGGAGGAGAAGAGAGAGGAGGAAGAAGAGGAAGAUCCAGGGGAAAAUCCAGAUAACCCGGAUAAGCAAUAAGAAUAGCUUCAUAAAAUAAGAGUUUUUUUGAACUGUAUUUGCAGUCUCCAGUCUACACAUUCCGACUGAUAUGAUUUUAGCUUAGAAUAUCUGAGAUUGCUGCCAGCGACUUGAAGAAAGUCCUAUUUUUGCAUGUCCUUACUUUAGGUGUAAUGUCCUCUAUAAGCAAAUUAUAUUGAUGUUCAUGCUCUAUAAUUUAUGUGAAUUUGAGGUUGGUUGGUUUUGGUUA